AUGUCUUCAUCACGCUUCUUCUUCGUUUUCGCUCUUUUGGCAGCUCUUGCGCUCGCCGCACCAUCACAAGUCAAGAGACAAGGUCUCGCAAAACGCUCGUUCAAGGUCCCGCGCCAGCUGAACACGGCCCAUCCCACUGGACCCAAUGGCGCCGCCGCUAUGAGGAAGGUUUUCAGGAAGUACAACUUCAAGGUUGAGGGAGACUUUGUCGCAUACACUAGGGCGGCAGGCAUAAACACGACUACCGCAGCUGUUGGUGGUAGCAACACGACAGGAACUGUCGCCGCCAACCCCGGGCCGAACGCUGCUCUUUUCCUUUCCCCAGUCGAAGUUGGUGGCCAGACGCUGAAUUUGGACUUUGAUUCUGGUUCCUCUGACCUGUGGAUGUUCAGCACUGAACUUGAUGCCGCAUCUAUUGGUCAGCACUCUGCCUUUGACGCCUCCAAGUCUACUAGCUUCAAGAAGACAGUGGGUUCGCAAUGGAAGAUCAGCUACGGAGAUGGAUCUGGUGCUGCUGGAAGUGUCGGUACAGACACUGUCACUAUUGGAGGUGUCAAGGUCGAGGGCCAGACCGUUGAGUUGGCCAACAAGGUCUCGCAGUCUUUUAUUCAGGACACCGAUACUGACGGUCUUGUCGGUCUUGCUUUCUCCAAACUCAACACUGUCAAUGAUGGCACCAAGAAGACCCCCCAGAAGACCUUCUUCGACAACGUCAUGGGUAACAUCGACAUGCCUGUCUUCACGGCCGACCUUAACCCCGAUGGCACAGGUGUUUAUGAGUUCGGCAAGAUCGAUGCUACCAAGUUCGAGGGCCAGAUGGCAUGGAUCCCCGUCAAGGCCGAGACCGGUUUCUGGCAGUUCCCCUCCACCAAGUUUGCUGUUGGUGAUCAGGUCAUGCAAAACCCCCAGGGUUCCGACGCUAUUGCUGACACCGGUACUUCCCUCCUCCUUGUUGACCAGCCGGUUGCCGACGCCUACUACUCUAAGGUCCAGGGUGCGCAACUCAACGCUCAGGUUGGUGGUUACAUCUUCCCCUGUGGAGCUAAGCUCCCUGACAUGUCCGUCGCUAUUGGCGACACCUACAUGGCCAAGAUCCCUGGUAACCAGAUCACCUUCGCCACCGUCGACAAGGCCAACACGACCUGUUUCGGUGGUGUCCAGGGCAACCAGGGUGCCGGCCUCCAGAUCUAUGGUGAUGUCAUGUUCAGGGCUCAGCUCGUUGCCUUCAACGGUGGCAACCAGUCCCUCGGCUUCGGCCAGAAGCCUGCUGUAAAGUAA